UGGUCAUUUGACGAGGCAGUUGAUGACAUUGGCUGGUGGACGUGUGGCAUUGGCCCUAGAAGGAGGACAUGAUCUGACAGCCAUCUGUGAUGCAUCCGAAGCCUGCAUCAAUGCCCUCCUAGGAAAUGAGCUGGGGCCUCUUGAGGAAGAUGUCCUCCACCAGACCCUGAAUGCGAAUGCUGCCACUUCUUUGCAGAGGGUCACCGAAAUCCAAAGCAAGUACUGGAAGUCGAUCAAGAUGGUGGCUGUUUCGAGGGGCUGUGCUCUGCCUGGUUCUCAGCUGCAAGAGGAGUCAGAGACCGUUUCUGCACUAGCCUCUUUGACAGUAGAUGUGGAACAGCCAUUUGCUCAGGAAGAUGGCAGAACUGCUGGUGAGCCCAUGGAAGAGGAACCAGCUCUGUGAAGUGCCAAGUCUCCCCCGAUAUUUCCUGUGUGUGACAUCAUUGUGUAUCCCCCCCAACCCCAGCACCCUCAGACAUGUCUGCUGCCUGGGUGGCAUGGCUUGAUGGAACAUAAACACUGGGCACAAAAUUCUGAA